ACUGUCGUACUCUUGUCCAGGAAAAUUAAUUAAGGCUAAACGGGGGUAAGUUUAUAUUGACAUCAAAGAGGAUUUUUUUUCUUUAAAACUUGAAAAAAGGUAUGGAAUGAUAUUUGAGCUGUGGGUCAUUAAAAAAAAAAACUAUUUUUUAAGGUAUGAAAUGUUGGUAUCUAAUAUUUUUUCUUUGCUUUUUUUUUUAAAGUGGUUAUGCAUGCCAGUUUUUUAGACACUUGACCUACUAUUAAGAAAAUCAAAUCUAAAUUCAAGUUGUUAGUAAACUAAUGACGGAAAAUUAGGUUUCUUUCCUAUUUAAAUGAUUUGGCUGGCUAAGCUUAUAUCCUGUUUAUUUCAAAAAGUAUUUUUUAAUGAAAUCUGUGUGUGUUUGCAUCUCAAGGAGUGAUUUCUGCUGGAGACUCUCGAAGUCGUUUGGACUUUUUCAUCUAACGCUUUGAAAUAUUGAUUAAAUAUAUUCACUCUGAUUUGCUUGAAUAUGAUUUGCACAUUUAGAAGUUCUCCUGAAGCGGUGCAGCCGUGUCUGGUGUAAGCCAGCCUAAUUAACGCUGCUUAGUGAUUUGGGACCCCUGUCAAAGGCUGUUAUGUUAUCUAGAAACAUAAAGAGUUAAAGCUAAAGCUGUGACCUCAUCUCUAUUCAUGUUACACUGGAAUAUAAACCACACUGAAAGGGAUUGUUUAACUGAAUUCUUUUUUCUGCUGCUGGUUAAUUUAGUUUAAUUUGGUUUUGAUAUUUAUAGCUCUCCUUGCUGAACAAAUGUUACAGUAGGGUUUUGUGGGAAUACUACAGAAUCAUGCUAAUAUCAACUACAGGUGGAAAUAGCUCCCGCAGAAAUAUUUAGGCUCGGAUAUGUUUUUCUACCUGACUCAGGCUUGCUAUUUUUUCCCUGUGAAAAUUCAAGAAGCAUCAAGGAGAUCUGAAACAUGCAUGCUGCUGGCCAGUCCUGCACUUACGUAACUGUGCGUGCAAUUUCCUUUAUUACUUAGCUCUACAUAUUACAUGAAGAGUGCAACUGCUGUCACUUUAAUGUUAGAGCCGUGUACGUUACAAUAGGUGUCACUGUGCUGCUGGGUCCAAUCGUUAUCGGUGACUUCAGCUAUUGGCUCCGAAGGCUGGCUGCCUCCAUCUGCAGGGCUGUAAUACCUACUCCGUUCGGAUCCGCUCAACGCACAAGUUCGGCCGGCUGAGCCGACUAGCAGCGCUACAGCACAUCUUGCUUUCAAAGAGCCGGUGCUGUAGCUGCGUGCCUGCCCUCUUUGCAGGGGAUAGCACUUCCAAGUGAUUUGAUAUCGGGAAAUCUGGGACGAAAUAAAACUGGCAGGAAUGAUGGGGAUGUAUUUAACAAUUCAAGUACUGGAUCAAACUUAAAGCCAGUUUCUUUUUCGGUACCCUGGAAAGGUCACCUUGCCUUGCUGGAAAAGAAACAAACUCUCGGCUCUGCUGCUCUAUGUUUAACAGCUUACACUUGCAUUUCUUAAUGUUUGUAGCUAGUUAGGCUAUCUAGCUAUACAGACAAGUAUACUCAUGGUAGAUGAGAAGGGAAAGAACAUGAAAUGUCUCACCUUCUUCUUGAUGCUUCCAGAGACAGUCAAGAACAGGUCCAAGAAAAGCUCUAAGAAGGGAAAUAGCAGCAGCAGUAGUAGCAGCAAAUUGCCUCCAGUUUGCUAUGAAAUCAUUACCUUGAAGACCAAAAAGAAGAAGAAGAUGGCUGCUGAUAUUUUUCCCCGAAAGAAGCCAGCCAACACUAAUACAACUGCUGUCCAGCAGUAUCACCAGCAAAAUCUCAAUAACAACAACACUAUCCCAGCACCUAAUUGGCAAGGACUUUACCCAACCAUCAGAGAGAGAAAUGCAGUGAUGUUCAACAAUGAUUUGAUGGCAGAUGUUCAUUUUGUGGUCGGGCCACCAGGUGCGACCCAGCGGUUGCCAGGACACAAAUAUGUCCUAGCUGUUGGGAGCUCUGUAUUCCAUGCAAUGUUUUACGGAGAGCUUGCUGAGGACAAAGAUGAAAUCCGUAUACCAGAUGUUGAGCCCGCUGCUUUUCUCGCUAUGCUGAAAUACAUAUAUUGUGAUGAAAUUGAUUUGGCUGCAGAUACCGUAUUGGCCACUCUUUAUGCCGCAAAGAAGUAUAUCGUCCCUCAUCUUGCCCGCGCCUGUGUCAACUUCCUAGAGACAAGUCUAAGUGCAAAGAAUGCCUGUGUGCUGCUUUCCCAGAGCUGCUUAUUUGAGGAACCUGACCUGACCCAGCGCUGCUGGGAAGUGAUUGAUGCUCAAGCCGAACUGGCUUUGAAAUCUGAGGGAUUCUGUGACAUUGAUUUUCAGACACUCGAAAGCAUUCUCCGAAGGGAGACUCUGAAUGCCAAAGAAAUUGUUGUUUUCGAAGCAGCUCUGAACUGGGCUGAAGUCGAGUGUCAGCGACAAGAGCUCACCGCUACCAUAGAGAAUAAGCGCAAGGUCCUAGGGAAGGCUCUGUACUUGAUACGCAUCCCUACCAUGGCACUCGAUGACUUUGCAAACGGCGCUGCUCAGUCUGGGAUUCUGACUCUCAACGAAACCAAUGAUAUCUUCCUUUGGUAUACAGCAGCCAAAAAGCCAGAGUUGCAGUUUGUAAGCAAGCCCCGGAAAGGCCUCGUUCCUCAGCGAUGCCACCGUUUCCAGUCCUGUGCUUACCGCAGCAACCAGUGGCGUUACAGGGGCCGAUGCGACAGCAUUCAGUUUGCUGUUGAUAAGAGAGUGUUUAUUGCUGGCUUUGGGCUGUAUGGCUCCAGCUGUGGAUCAGCAGAAUACAGCGCCAAGAUUGAACUCAAACGACAAGGAGUUAUACUAGGCCAGAACUUGAGUAAAUACUUCUCAGAUGGUUCUAGUAACACUUUUCCCGUGUGGUUUGAAUAUCCAGUGCAGAUUGAGCCUGACACCUUUUACACAGCUAGUGUGAUUCUGGAUGGUAAUGAACUAAGUUAUUUUGGACAAGAAGGAAUGACAGAAGUUCAGUGUGGGAAAGUGACUGUUCAGUUUCAGUGCUCUUCAGACAGUACGAAUGGCACUGGCGUACAGGGAGGGCAGAUUCCUGAACUCAUAUUUUAUGCUUGAGUGAAACUGUGUGGAGAAGAAGCAUUUUGCAAUGAAGAACCUGUCUGGUUCAGACCUACUGAUGCUUAGCUUUUUAUCUGCAGAUAUGUGAUCAGUACAGGUAAUAUGUAACUAAACACUGUGGACAAGUUACUGGCUUGCUGUGCUUGUAACAGUGUUGGUGAUAAACUUUAAGUGUAAUAUUUAACUUCAAACUGGAACUCUUAGGAACAAGCAAGUUUUAAAAGCUUUGUGAGAGAGGCAUGUUCCUGUAUGCUGGUGAUGCCGACCCUUCCUUUGUUGAUGCAUCUGUAAUCAUCAGAGGAUGCCCCCAUCUUGUAUCCCACAGGUUCUAGGACUCCUUACGCUAAACACUGUCUUCAGUGAUCAGUUUUCUCUUUCUUCAUUUGUUGCUCUCUGUUUGUCAGUGUUUUACUGAGAGAAGGGAAGAAAGUGGAGAGCCUUGUUUUAUGACUCUCUUCUGUCUGCUCUUCAGACUUAAGAGAUUCUAGUAAGCUGGACGACUCUUUAUCCUGGCUGCUGAAAGAGGUGCCUCAGCAGUAAACAGGAAAAACACAGGUUAUACCAUCAUCAGGUGAGAUUCUCCCUUGGCCAGCUGUUUGGGAUAGCUGCAGGGGGAGAGGGAAAGGGAGAGAAGUAAGCAGCUUUCCAGAGGCUACACAGCAUGCUGACCCCAGUGCAUGGACAUGCUUACAGUGAAGGAUCUGGGCUUGGCUGGUUUCCCUCAGAGUUCACAUUCUAGGGAUUCCACCUGGAAGGCAGGGAAGUACUUGCAUGUGCGCAAAUUGUGUAGGAAGCGUUUAAACUUUUACUCCCAUGACAUAAUUUUGCUAUAUUUAGGUUGAAUUACUAUUUCAAAGGCUUUUGUUUGAACUCUUGCUAAAUAAAUGGGUGGUAAUACCUGGUAUCCAAUACAGGAUAGUUUUUUUUCCUUGUGGGUUUUUUCUUCCUCCAAAACAUUUUAGGGACAGAUUGUAGAGGAGCAAAAGAAUGUACUAGUCCUGACUUGGACUUUUUUCUGUAAAGUGAAAUGUCUUCUUUUUAUUACAUAAUCACUGGAAAUUUAGACAAAGACGAGAAAAUUCCCAGCUGUUGUCAUAUCUGAUGAUAUGCACUAAAUGCAGUAACAGUGAGGAGGAGAAAGUCUUCUCUAAUAUGUUAAUGUUGAAUCUCUUGCAACUGCUUGUGGUUAAACAUCGAUGGGAGGAUUGUGUGGCGCAGAACCUUUUCUUUAUCUGAAUUCUUCUUCAAGCUUCCUGUCAUAUGUCUGUAUCAUUUUUGGAAAAGUAUUAUGGGAUGAUGGCUCUUUAUCAGGAAAAGAAAUCAGUAUAAAUAAGAGGUACAGGUACUACUUAAACAUGAGAAAGUUCUUCACCAUUGCAUUGUGACAGUUGCUUCUAAAAGGGACACUGCCUGUUGUAAUGCAUCUUACUCUUAUGUCCCCUCUGAAGAGGGUUCUGUUUGUUGUGUAUGUUUUAAGGAAAUGAGAGGACCAAAUGAUUCUUUAGACAAAUUGAAGACUAAUGUUAUAUUAUAUCAGCACAUUAAUGUAGCAUAACCCUAAAUUCACUUGUCAGUUUUGUUAUAGAUUUUUUUUUCUUUUCCCUCAUGAUUUCUUACCAGCUUAAUACUGUUACUCUAAGUGUUUCUUGGCUGUUGGAGUCCUGGCCUUUGGCCAUCUUAAAAUGCCAAUACAUCUUUGCAAUGUCCAAACUACAGUCUGAAGCAAGGAAAACUGGAGUGUAGACAUCAAACACUUUAUGGAAAAAGCCCAGAUCUUCUCUCUAGGUAAUGAAAGGAGAGCCAGGUGAAAAGUUGCGCUGCAAGAUCCAUGCUCUUCACCCAUUUUAGUGGUAAUAUUUUUUAUAUAUAUAUGUGUGUGUGUGUAUGUGUGUGCGCGCACGCGUGUGUAUGUGUGUGUGUAUGUAUAUAUAUAUAAAAUAUAUAUAAAAAAGCAAAUUAACAUUCUUUCUGAAAACACCCUUAAAAUAUAUAGAAUUUUUUUCUUUUUUUAAAAUAACAGAUGUACAUGAAUCAGCCUGUUAGUGAAAUCUAAGCAGAAUGCUGCAUGGAGAACUCCCAGAGAGAGAUUUUAAAAACCUCCAGUUAAUUAUAUUUAGAUCUGCAGCCAAAAAUAACCAGACUAUAAUUGUAUGGACUGGAGAAGGAGUUGCUGAAGAGACUGCAACAGGAAAUCUAGGACUGUCAUGAGACAGUGGUCAUCUACUUUUAGGCAAUGUCUGAGCAGUAGUUCUAUUUAUCUUAAAUACAUUUGAAAGCAUAGUGAGACACUAAUCAACGGAUUAAGCUUUCUUAUAGCACAUGGUUGACAUAGAUGUCAAUCUGAUCAUCACUCAGAGUGAUUGCAAGCUGCAUUCUGAGUCGUUUGGAAAACUGGGUGCCUCAGCUAAUGGGACAAAUCAGAGAGUACUGCACUGGUGUAUAUAUACACACUCUGGUUCUCACUUUUAUUUAUUUGUUGGUUUUUACUUAUCUGCAAAUAAAGGUGAGCUAUCUAGUACAUUAACUGGCUGGAACAGAUAGUUAGGAGAUCAGAAUACUGUAUAGCUGUAGUAUGUAGAAAAUUAGCUGUUAAUUAUUAUUUUCAUUUGCUACCUUUAUUACAUAUUUUUGACAAAGUAGGGUGAAAGCUGCCUAUAGCUUAAUUCCUCUGAGUCCAUUCCAGGUUUUAGGAGUUGGUGCCUGUAUUUCAAGUUUUUGAACAUGGAUUAAUAAACAUAAGUGCUCUAAACCACCUUCUGAUACCUACAAAGCAGCUUGAUUUUGAGCACUGCUUCCUGCUAACAGGCACUGGUUUAUGUCACCUUAGGACAUCAUGCCACUGAAAUAGGUAUUUAAAUGUGGAUUUGGUUCAUUUAGCAGUAGUAUCUGAGUUUGAACACAGACAUUUGCAAGCAUCAGCCAUAUCAACCUGGAAUGUAAGCAUAGUGUUGAUAGACAUCUUUUUGUAGAUGCUGUUUUAAACUGUACCUGGGCCAUCUUUGCUACUUGUAUGUUGGAUUUUGAUGGUGAGGGGAUCUGUGAUAGAGAGUAUAAUGUAAUAUACUUUCUGCAUAUCUAAAACAGUAUUUAAGUAAACAUUCUAAUUUCUACAUACUUAUUGCACUGAACUUUUUUUUUUUUUUUUUUUUUUUUUGGUGAUAAACUCCGAUAACUUCAGGUCACAGCACCCAUUUGUGCUGGAACAGUGUUCGACCUUAGCAAACUUACAGCAUUAUUUAUAAAGGACAGAUAUAUAAAUAUGAAGUACCUCAUGUUGAAUGUUAUUGUACUGUACCUUUAAUGUCACAGUGCAGAUCUUGUUGGACUCAUGAAUGUGUAUAAUCACAUUAAACAUACAAAUAAAACUGGUUCUUAAA